AUGCUUUGGGGUACGGUGGAUGGCAAAGAUGUGCACUUAGUCACUCUGAAGACAGAAAAGUUGGAGGUAGAUGUUUGCAGCCUUGGAGCCGCUUUGGUGGCGGUGCGCGUGAAGGUUCGUGGAGAGUCGAUUGAUGUGGUGCUUGGCUACGAGACGUUGGAGAGAUACACCAACGGAGGAAAGCCUAAUUUUGGCACAGUCGUUGGGCGGUGUGCUAAUCGAAUUGCUCACGCAGCUUUUGAGCUUGAUAGCCAAGAAUACAAGCUCGAUGCAAACAAUGGGAGUCACCACCUGCAUGGAGGCACAAAGGGCUUUUUCUCACAAGUCUUUGAAGUGGUGGAGGUUUCCGAGGAGCAGGUCACUUUGACUCUCACAGAGCAAGAUGGAGCUAUGGGAUACCCUGGCCAGGUGGAUGUGAGUGUCACAUAUUCAUUGAAUGAUGGAGAGCUGCACUUUCGAUAUGCUGCGGUUACGGAUAAAGCUACUUUGGUCAGCAUGACAAAUCACGCGUACUGGAACCUCAAGGGUCAUCAGGCUGGCAAUGUCCUGGAUCAUACUCUGAUGGUUGCAGCCUCACGGACGACUGCCACUGACGAGACUCUCGCCAUUACAGGUGAACUUCCUGAGGUUGCUGGAGGUUUUGACUUGCGACACCCUCGCUUGCUGCAACAAGCUGUAGAGGAAGCAGGUCCGAUUGACCGCAACUACUGCUUGGAUCGUCCAUCCGGCACACCGGGUCGGGAGAUUCUUGCGGCACGCCUGGUUGGUCCCAACAAGGUCACAAUGGAGAUUUGGACUGAUCAACCUGGGCUGCAGGUGUUCACAGGCUCCAAUAUUGCUGCAACAGGCCCGGGCACAUGGUGGCACGGCAAGGGCUGCGAGUGGCAGCAGUUCGGUGCCAUUUGUUUGGAACCGCAGCUUUGGCCGGAUGCGGUUUGCUCCUCAGUUCGCUGCAAAUUUGCAGGUCUAUAUGACGAUUUUGUCAUGCUUCUGGAUUUCAACAGUCUGUACCCUUCAAUCAUCCAGGAGCAUAACAUUUGCUUCACCACAGUCGACAGACCGGAUGAGAACGAAGUCGCCAAGUUGGCCACAGAGGCGCAACUCUUGGCAAAGACACAUGCAGAUGGAAUGGCCGACGAAGGCAUCCUUCCGCAGGUUCUACGUCGUUUGGUAGACAGCCGACGCCAAGUGAAAGCUGCUAUGAAAGCUGAAAAGAACCCAAAGCUUCUACAGGUUCUUGAGAUCAGGCAGAAGGCCCUCAAGCUCACUGCCAAUUCUAUGUAUGGUUGUUUGGGCUUUCAACACAGCCGUUUCCACGCAAGGCCAUUGGCCGCCCUGAUUACAGCGAUGGGUCGAGAAGCCCUGCAAUCGACCAUUUCUGUUGUGAACCAAGAAUUGCAGCUCGAUGUGGUCUAUGGAGACACCGAUUCCGUUUUUGUCAACACAAAGACUUCCAAUUUCCAGCAGGCCAUGCAGAUUGGCGAGCAGAUCAAACGCUCAGUGAACAAGAGGUACAAAAAACUUGAGAUUGAGAUAGAUGGAGUAUUUGUUCGCUUGAUGCUGCUGAAGAAAAAAAAGUAUGCUGCGAUGAAGGUUUUGAACUGGGAAGAGCAGAUCUUUGAAAAAGAGUUCAAAGGCCUCGACAUUGUCAGACGCGACUGGUGUGGGCUAGCAAAGGAAAUGGGUGAGGCGAUCUUGAUGAGAAUCCUGGAUACAAAGUCAAACCAAGAAGAGUCUCUUCACUGGGUACAUCAGUAUUUGGCUGACAAGUCCAAGGAAAUGGAUGAUGGCAAGGUGUCGCUGGACAAGUUCAUCAUCACAAAGGGCCUCACAAAAGAUCCAAAGGACUACCCGGAUGCCAAAACCCAGCCCCAUGUGCAGGUAGCACUGAGAUUGAUUUCUCGUGGGAAGCAUGUUCGCCCAGGGCAAGAGAUCGGAUAUGUUAUUUGCAAUCCAACAGGGGAUGGUACCGCCAAAGAUCUCCUUGCUGAACGUGCACGCCAUCCACAUGACGUGCAGACGGACCAAAGCCUGAGCCUGGAUAUUGCAUGGUACAAGAAGCAGCAGGUACAUCCCCUCGUUUCUCGAAUACUUGCAGUUGUGGAAGGCACAAGCUCUGCAAGACUCGCUGAAUGCUUAGGCAUUGAUUCUACGCGAUUCUGUCAGGUUGUCCGCGCGGAAGAAAACGGAGAUGUUAUGGAAUCCUGCAUGCCGUCAAUGGCUACCGACUUGAAUGCCAUUUUUGACCGCAAGCUCCGGUUCAAUGGCUUCCCUUCGGUGCUCCAGGGAGUUAAAUGCAAAUCGUGUAGUGUGACAACAAAGUGGGAGCAGUUCUUGCUUGGCGAGUCGAGCUCAAAGGCCCAGCAGGCUUUUCGCUGCGCUGCCUGCCAGACGCCGGUGGAUGCCAAGGUUGUUCGGAACCUUUGGUUCAUGCAACUGAGGCGGCUUGUCAAGGAGCAUGGCGAAGGUUGGGUGCAGCCAGAAGAGAGCUCUUGCAUAGAGAAGACUCGCCGACUGAACAAGGGGCAAAAUCUGGUCAGCGAGAAGACUGUCUAUGCUGAGCUUGAGUUUGCAACCCACCUUUGUGAAUGCGCGAGGGAAAGGGCGGAGGAGAACGACUCUGUCAACGAGACGAUCCAGAAAAUGAACAAAGACGCUAGUUGUUGGCUUGGCUUCAACAGUUGGAAUUGGUUGGACCUGAAGCACAUCUUUGGCUCUUUCAAUACAACUCAGGCUGUGCAGGCUUCAUGA